AUGGUUCUUAGGCUUGUGAGAAGACUUCCGUUAAACCAGUUGUUUGUUGUAACUUUACUUGGAGUUGCAAGUGGAGCAUACAUCUACAAGCCUUUGCUUGAAAACUAUGCAAGCAAGCGUGACUCAAAGAAGAAAAAAGAGAACGUUUUGAUUGUUGAAACUGCUGAUUCGAAUGAAGUUACAAAGAAGCAAGUAAAGAAUACUUCGUCGCGUGGAGAGCAGAAGCCGAAUAUGAGUGGCGUUCUUCUUAUACGAGGGAAAAAACGUGAAGAUGACUCGUCUUCUCGAUAACCUGCUCUUUGGGCACUUAAAUAAUGGAGGCUGAAAUAGUAAAUGGAGUCGGAAAAAAGGGCACAUGCAUAUCGAAAAGAAAAAUCCAGAUCAGAGUUGUCUGCCUGAUAUUGAGAACUUGGAUGAAUUGAUGAUGAUUUCCAUCACCUUUUGUGUAGGUUGGGAGUUUAACCACCUGUUAGAGGUUUGGCCUGAAUUAACAGCCUGGGGCCAGUGGAAGCUGGCCAAUUCUCACAUACCUACAGCAGAGGCUGAAGGAAUUGAAAAUAAUUAUGAUGACUGGUGGAAUACAUUGGAGAUACUGAUAGAACGCUUCAGUUUUUAGUAUUAUAUAAAGAAGAAACAGCUGUUUUAAGUCCCAGUGGUGAGGAGGCAGGGGGGGGUGCUGCUGGUGGCUGCUCAACAAAGUUUUAUACUGUGAGGCUCCGCCCCAAGGUUCAACCUCUUACCCCGUUUAUAUUUUGAACAGAAAAGGUACCCCUACCUUUUGUAUACCUUUUAGUGACAAAUGGGACCCCUUUCACACACCUAGUUUAGAACUUAACAUCUCUUUUAACUGCUAUAAAUGCACUUUGUUUAAACUAUGAAAAAAUCGCAAAACCACAAUUAUGUUUUCUUGACUUUUUCACAGCCAUAGAAUGAAUCUCUCAGUAAGAUAGCUCUGUUGGACCUUUUCAAAUGACAGGUUUCCCACCUCCUCAACCAGGGAAAUCCCUUCCCUUCCAUAACCCCUUUUGGGUGGAGCCUCUCGGUUUAGGCCAUUAUGUGGAGUUGCUAAUGAGAUAUUGUGGGUGAUGAAGCUUAGAUUAUGGGCUAUUGGGAUUUUCAGGGUUGCACUUUUGGCCAUUUUUAGGUUGGUUUUUGGUUUUUGUCAUGAAAAUCUUCACUUUUCAUGUUUUGAGAUUUGUCUUUUUAUAGUGUUUAGUUUUCAAAUUCAGCUAAAAAGGUAGUGUUUUUUUAUUUGGUUCAUGAUGUGGUUUUGUUUUUUUCUCCUUUUUGGUAUCUGAUUUCUUCUUUUUGAUUGUGUCUGAAUCCAUCCAUCUGCUAAGACUCUUUUUUGACAGGGAUGCACAACAAUCAGUGUGUCUCUGCAUAGGGUCCUUAGGUGUUUGCUUUCUUGGAUAAUACCUGGAACCUUUGACCUUUACUUCACUUUUGUUUUUACAUCCCCCUUCCCUCAUCAACCCACUGAACCCCCAAAGAAAUUCAUCCUACUUCCUGUACUUGCACCACUCUCCCAACCCCCAAAACAUUUUUUCAGCAGCAAUGCACUAAUCAAACACAGCAGGGCUAUGAUGCAGUAGUAAUGAUGAAAAGUUGGUGCAAACAGUGAAAGAAGUGUAGAAGUGCUAAAAAACUGAAACAUGAAUUAAUUUGUGGAACCAGUUAUAUUAUUAUAUAGGUAGGUGGAAUAUAAUUUUCAGCGUAAGAGUGGUCCUAUUCAGGACUACAAUCACCCGGAUGAUCAUAUUCCAGCUACUCAGUGA